UGCGUUAGGGGCUGCUCGGUGAUUUGAGUCUCGGUCGCUGCUGCUUUUGUGUGGAGUUCUCUCUUUGUCUCUCCGUCUCUCCUCCCCGGGGUCAAGAAAAGGAUCAUCACCUCCGUUUUGCCUUUGUCCUUUUGAGCGUUUCCAAUGUGUACAUUUAAGGGGGGGAGAAAAAGGGGGCUGGGGUGUGGAGAACAAAUCUUCAAUCACAUAGGAGAGAUGCAGUUGGUGAUUUACCGCGGAGGACUUCAAAACAUUUGUGACAAACCACCUCAUCGGAGGAUGUCUUGUCCACUUCUGUAGAAGUAAAUGAUCACUGGAAUAAAAGCACGUGUUGUAGAUCUGAAACAAACACAAAUUGCUGGAGAAACUCAGCAGGUCAAGUUCUAUACGACUCCUCUUCUUAACGGUAACAAGUUUGAUCUGAAGACUGGCACUGCCUUCUCCUGCACACAACUAAAAGGAAAGUACUGCGGAUUUGACAUAAAACAGAGAAUGCUGAACAAAAAUCUCAGCAGCAUCUGUAGAGAAAUAAUUUGUUAACGUUUCGAACCCAACUGGACUCCUUUUCGGAUUCACACUGAAGCCGUAACUCUGUUUUUCUCUCUCUACAGACGCUGCCAGACCUGCUGAUUUUUCUCCAGCAAUUUGUUGUUUCACCUCACGCACAGGGGCCGUUUUUGGAGCGAAUGAAAAAAACCGAAUUAAAAGAAAAAUUGUCGGGGCGAUUAAACAAAACAAAGGGCUUUUGGCUGCGAUUUGAGUUUUCAGGGUAUGAUGGUAACCGUUUGAUCGAAUGGCGAGCAGACUCGAUUGGCCGAAUGGUCUAUUUCUGCUGCCAAAAUCCUUUGGUUUGAGUGUGAGAUUACAGGCGGUGUCCUGUAACGAGUGGGGAACAGACAUUGGUUCUGUGCUCUGAUGCACGUCUGGUCUAGCUACAUUUAUCGGAAGAUUCGUUUUUGUUACAGAUGGUAAUGAGACCGGGUAGCGUUUCCCUCUUCCAGUCCCUGAUCUGAGGUGUGACUGGGAGCUGUUCAGGUCAGUGGAUGCCUGUAUAAUCGCUGGGGACAGCAGCUAGGCUGCAGGGAGUAAUUAAGAGUGAAGAAAUCUGGUGCCAGGCAAGUCCACUUUGCUCCGUGGGGUUGUCCCCUAGAGAUGAUUAAAUUGUGAAAAAGCUGAGAGGUAAUGGCCAAUGUAUCUUUGCAAAGAGGGCAAGAAUCUUUAGUCAGAAGUCACAUGACACCAGGUUAUAGUCCAACAGGUUUAUUUAAAAUCACAAGCUUUUGGAGUGCAGCUCCUUCUUCAAAUGAAGUUCCGACUUUGUCCAUUCCAGUCCAACAGCGGCAUCUCCACAUCAAGAAUCUUUAGGGUUGAGUCUAAUCCUAUGCUGCCAGACCUGCUGAAUUUUUCCAGCAUUCUCUGUGUUUGUUUCACAUUCAACAUUCCCUGAUCUUGUCAUUGCCUGUACCAAAUCUGCCCGGUUUAUAAGAAGAGAGAGAACUGGAAAACAGAGCUGUGUUUGAUUAAACCAAGGAAAACCAUUAAAUAAUCAAGACUUUGUACUCCUGAUUUCUGUAAGCCCUGUCAUUAUUGGCACUGGGUAAACAAUGGCUUGCUCUGCCUGGUUGAUUUUUGUCAUGUUCCUCCUGUCCUGUGAUGACAGCCUGAUGACGUGCUUCCCAGGAUGUCACUGUGAAGUGGAAAGUUUUGGAAUGUUUAGUAGUUUCAGUCUGACUAAAGUUGACUGCAGUGGUGUUGGGCCUCAGCUCACUGGUGUCCCCAUACCAUUGGAUACCUCUUACCUGGACUUAUCUUCUAACCACUUGAAGACCAUCUCCCCCUUGAUGUUUACAGGACCCGGCUACACAACAUUGGUGAGUCUCAAUCUUAGCUACAACGAGAUUAUUGGCAUGCCAUCCAACACCUUCUCUAAACUGAGAUACCUUGAGACACUUGACCUAAGUCAUAAUUCCCUGGAGGUGCUCGAAGAGGGAAUAUUUUCAAACCUGCCUCUUGGAGAAAUUGACCUCAGUGCUAACAAACUGCAUGAUAUCAAUUUGGAUAUUUUCACAUCCAAGGGACAUGGAAAGCCCCUAAGCGUAGACCUUUCAGAUAAUCAAAUAACCACUCUUGUCCGAAGUCUGGAUAAAAGUGUUCCGAAUAUUUAUAGCCUGGAUUUGUCAGGAAAUAAAUUGGAGUCAGUGUCAACACGUUACCUUUCCAAUGUUCCACUACGCUAUCUUGAUCUGGGUCGCAACAUCAUCUCCAGUAUCCCUGAGAAUGCUUUCAUGGGACUGCAGGAACUGACCCACUUAUCACUACGCAAUCUUCCUGGACUGAAGGAAAUACCUCCCAAUAGUUUUAAGGGGCUACAGAAUUUGCAGAUCUUAGACUUGUCACACUGUAUGAACUUGAAAUUCUUAAACGUAGCUGUGUUUGAAGACUUGAGCGCCCUGCAGGAGCUCUACCUGGAAAAGUCUGGAGUUGCAGCAUUGUCAAGUAACAUUUUGAACUACCUGCCUUCCAUUAAAAGAAUCUCUGUUGGAACCAGUUUACUGAGAUGUGGGAAGACGGCAAAAGAAGGCUCAUUCCAUCGGCAGUUCGGCUUUGUUCGGAAGGAACAGACACUGCAUUGCUUAGAUAUUAGUGGGUCCUCAGACACUGAGUAUGUCUUGAAAUUGAAAUAAGCCAAAUCUUAACAGCAGUGAAUGAUGGGCCUUUAUUUUUGAUAACUGUGCCCUUCUCUUUGAAUGAAACAAUAAGUGCCUUCAUUUACUAAACUUCCUAUUUCCAAAAAUCUUUUAAGAGUCCCUGCCUUUAAAAGUUUCACUUUCUUGUACAAAUUUGCAUGUGUGGAAUUUUUGAAUGUGUGGAUGCAAGUUGGCUCCCUGUCUUUUUUAGUUUCAGUAUUCGGGGGACAUUCAGAGGAAAAUACACAGCAGUCUUCAACAAACACAAAAGGCUGCAUGAAUGUGCCUAGCCUAAUCUGACUUUCUAAGCAACCAUCUGUCUGAUCAAGCAAUGCUAUAGGUGUACCUUGCAAUUUGCACAAUAUCAUAACUGUGGGUGAGACUUGGAAAUUCCAAGUUGUGAUGGUGGAAUGGUGAACUCUUUCUUCCAUUCUAGUAUGUGCCAUAUUUUCAUCCAUCAGCAUAACAGUAUUCUCUUCUGGAAUAGAGUUUGCUUAAUAUUUCAGCCUGUCACUUAAACGGAUGAACUGUGCUACUUUGACAUAAACUGUUCGGGACGAGCUGCUGAUUCCAUAUGCUCAGCUUUAUUUUUCACCCAACCCACCCCCUUUUUCUUUGUUUUAAAUAAAUUCAGAAUUUAUAUGUGUAAUUACCUACCUCCACUUGGAUAUAAUAAGAUUCAAUAUGUGGCUCAGUAAUAAAACUGGGGCCUCCGAUCACUUUAUAUUGUACUAAUAUAAACUUGCUGUUAGUUCAACGUCUUCCACUUUUGUAUUGUCAAAUCUGAUUAUUGAUUUUUUUUUUCUUUCAAUAUCUGAUCAAAAAUUGUGACACUGUUUAAGGUCACCCUCUGGUAUCUCAUCCCCAAUUUGCCAUUCAUUGAGAAGAGAGCAUGGAUUGUUAGUGUGAGCUUUUUGGGCUAUUUGGCUGUGAUCGGGAAUCGCAGCUGAAUCUGAUCCCAUCUUCAACUAAUUCACAAGAUGUACUUUCUGGUGUGAUGUGUCGUUCAGCUGUGGGAGACAUCACAGUGAAGCUUGAUCCUGUCCUCAAUCAGCAUUCCAGUGGUCAGUGACAGGAAGCAGGAAUCAUGACCGCUUUCAUCUCCUGUUAACGUUGACUUGUGUAGCGUCCAAACAUAGUGCAAAUUCGAGCAGUUGACCUUAACUCAGCGAGCGGGCUGAUGUAUUUUAUACUUUAAACAGCUGAGCCAAUAGGGAUAGCAUAGAAGUUUCUUUUUCUCCUCCCACCCCAGCACCCACGUGCUGAUAGCUGGCUUCCCAGAAUGUCUGUGCUGCGCACUAAGUCCAUUAGUGAUGCACAGCUGUAGGUCUUGGCUCUGAUACAGGGUUACUCUUAACCAAGGCCAGCCAUUUGGAAAUGAUGAACUGAGCAGGGUCAUUCUGAUUUGCCCAAGCCAAGCUGCAACAGUCUUGCCUCAAGACAAACAAAGAUAAACAGUGAGUUCAUGGAAGCAGUUCAUUUUAACAUCCCAGCUGGGAGGUGUCCAAUUCCAACAUUAUCCCAUGAGAUAUGAAAUCAGAUUUUUUAAAAAAGACCUGUGCCAUUUAGAAUUUUGGCAAGACGCAUUUUGACAUGUGACUUUUUUGCUUUAUACUUCUUGAGUUGACACUCAGUGAUACAGUUAAAGUUUUAAUUAUUCUGGUUGUAGUUUGUUUCUGUGGAGAGUAUGUAACACUAGGUGUAACACUAAAGUGAGCCAUGCCUGUUAUUUGAAGUGGUAACUUGUGUUCGAGUUCCAUCCCAGAGACUCGAACUAGAUCUUAGCUGAGAACCCAUGUACUAUUUGGAAGAGGGAGUGGUGCAGGAGAGGCAUACUCACUGUCACAUAUAGGUCACUUAAAUGCUUUAACUAAAUCUUUUUGUUUUGCUUUAAAACAGAUUUUUAGUAAUGUUAGAUCCAUUUGAAAUUAGAGGUUUAUGCUCUAUGACUGAGGCUCUCAUCCAGGCUAGACUUGAUGAAAAGCUUAUUUUCACACACAUGGUUCUGUAGCACAGAUCUGCUUCUUAAGGCAUUGAUAUAUCGCUAUUCCUGGUGGAACGAAGUGUACAGUGUCAAGAGUAUAAGUAAUUACACUUGGUGUCCAGCUGUUGUAUCUGACCCUGUUGUGAGUUAAUAUUGAAUGCUUAAACAGACAUGAAAACAAAACGUCAAAACAGUACAAUUUUUGACACACUGACACACACACACACACACACCUUUUAGUGUUUUUGUUUCACAGUGCUUUAUAAAAUUAUUGAAAAACAAUUUGGUAAUUCCACAUCGUACCACACAAUUGAACUUUUGGAUGCAGGGAUGCUGAUUACACACUGCACACUUUGACAAUAAAAAAGAUUGGGUCUUAUUCAUUAAAUUAUAGGAGCCAUCUGUCUGCUGAACAUAGUGUCUCUGUCUAGCUUUCUGCUAAUCUCCUAGGAAGUUUCAUUUGAAACAUGGCUUAUAGAAGAGAACGCUUUUCGUGCAUGAAAGCACACUAUCAAGGAUGGCAGAUGAAUGGUAGGUACUUGGCUGCCUGCCAGACAAGGUCUGAGCACAAGGAAUCUGUACUUUCAGGAAUGAAGUUUAAAUAAGAGGAGGGGAAAAUGACCCUUGCCUUUGAGAGUGCUGGUAGAAUUACCCAUUUUUUUAAAAACUGGCUCUUUUUAUAAUUGUUAAUGACAUGCUUUCAUGGAUGUAUGUAAUGAUUUAUGAACACUAAUGUUGCCUUUGCAUUCCUGUGGUACGCAGAUGGACAAUGUGACAAUCAAAUCAAUGCUGGGACGACAAUAAAGGCUUCAUGCACUUGCAAACUGCCACAUGACACUACUAUCUGAGAAUUGCUGGGAUCUGUGUUUCUCAGCAUAAAUUUCACAAUGUUGUCUCGUGGCCAUUUUUAUGGUUUGUCUUGGUUGUAAUUUGAAUUCUGCUAUUAAAUAUUGAUGAAAUAAAUGAAUAGCAACUCUAUCAAAUA